AGCAGCGGAAACGGGUGAGAAGUAGCUAGAAAACAAAAGAGAACACGCAGUCGUCCUCGCGAUUUGGUAUGCUCUUGCAGUGUUAUAGGAAUGCCCAAGGAAAAAUAUGACCCGCCGGAUCCCAGGCGGAUGUACACAAUUAUGUCCAGCGAGGAGGCAGCAAAUGGGAAGAAGUCAUACUGGGCUGAGCUGGAAAUCAGUGGCAGAGUAAGGAGUCUCAGCACAGCCCUGUGGUCUCUGACCCACCUCACUGCCCUGCACCUCAGUGACAACUCACUGUCACGCAUCCCGCCAGACAUUGCCAAACUACACAACCUGGUGUACCUGGAUCUCUCAUCCAAUAAGAUCAGGAGCCUGCCGGCAGAGCUCGGCAACAUGGUGUCUCUCAGGGAACUGCUUUUAAAUAACAACCAGUUGCGGGUUCUGCCAUUUGAAUUGGGGAAACUCUUUCAGUUACAAACACUGGGGUUGAAAGGAAACCCACUUGCACAAGAAAUUCUGAGCCUCUACCAGGAACCUGAUGGCACGCGGAGGCUGCUGAGCUACUUGUUAGACAAUCUGGCGGGGGCUAUAAAGCGCAUGCCAACAGAACAACCCCCACCCCGGUCGUGGAUUACACUCCAGGAAACUGAUCGAGCACGGCCCUCUGCAUUGUUCUCUGUGAUGUGCUACAAUGUGCUGUGUGAUAAGUAUGCCACACGUCAGCUAUAUGGCUAUUGCCCCACUUGGGCUCUAAACUGGGAGUACAGGAAAAAAUCCAUAAUGCAGGAGAUCAUGGGCUGCAAUGCAGACAUCAUCAGCUUGCAGGAAGUUGAGACAGAGCAGUACUACAAUUUCUUCUUGCCCGAGCUGAAGGAGCAAGGAUAUGAUGGGUUCUUCAGUCCAAAGUCACGAGCCAGAACUAUGUCUGAGUCGGAUCGAAAGCACGUGGAUGGAUGUGCAAUUUUUUACAGGACAGAAAAGUUCAGUGCAGUGCAGAAGCACACAGUGGAGUUUAACCAGCUGGCCAUGGCUAACUCCGAGGGCUCAGAGGCUAUGCUGAACAGGGUGAUGACAAAGGAUAACAUUGGGGUAGCUGUACUGCUUGAGGUCCGCAAAGAGAUGAUGGAGCUCUCCUCUGGUAAGUCUCUCCAUGGCAUGGAAAAGCAGCUGCUCCUUGUAGCCAAUGCUCACAUGCACUGGGACCCAGAGUAUUCUGAUGUCAAGCUGGUCCAGACCAUGAUGUUCCUGUCAGAGGUGAAAAGCAUAGUGGAUAAGGCCACACGCAGCCUCAAGUUGUCCUCUGUCUCUGGCGAGACUAAUGCCAUUCCACUGGUGCUGUGCGCUGACCUCAACUCCUUGCCUGACUCGGGCGUAGUGGAGUACCUGAGUACUGGUGGAGUGGACUGCACACACAAGGACUUCAAGGAGCUCCGUUACAGCGACUGUCUGACCAAAUUCAAUUGCAAUGGCAAGAACAGCACGUCUAAUGGCAGGAUCACCCACGGCUUCAAGUUAAAGAGCGCCUAUGAGAACGGCCUGAUGCCUUAUACCAACUACACCUUCGAUUUUAAGGGUGUCAUCGACUAUAUUUUCUACUCGAAGCCUCACCUGAACGUGCUGGGUAUCUUGGGCCCUUUGGACCACCACUGGCUUGUAGAGAACAAUGUCAGCGGCUGCCCACAUCCACACAUCCCCUCUGACCACUUCUCCCUCUUUGCUCAGCUGGAGUUGCUCCUGCCCAACCUGCCCCCCCAGGUGAAUGGGCUCCAUCUGCCGACACGCAGGUAGUGAGACCCUGCCUAACCACCAGGGGGAGCCUCUCCCUCUCAACCCUCCUUCCUCCCACUACCAGCUCUUCCCUCCACCAAACUGAAGGAGGAAGACAUAAAAACACAACCUGUAAAAUAUUCAUACAGUGAGGUCUGGCUGACAGGGAUUUCGUAUAAUGUUAUAGAUAUUCUAUAUUUUUCUUUUUCUUUUGUUUCUUUUUUGUUUUGUUUUGUUUUUUAACUGCUCAAUUCAGUCCUGUUCAUGUACCAUAUUUUGUUUUUGGACUCCCCUUUGUUCUCAAGAUCCACCAACCCUACACACUUUGCUUCUGUCUUUUAAAAUGAGAAGGGAUGGUAGCUCAUUCAUAUUUGUCACUUAGGGCACUGUUUGGUUUAAGAGUGAGGGGGGAUUUUUUUUUAUUUUGGCUGAAGGAAAUUACUUUCCACUGAAGAGCUCCAUGGCUGAUGGUCUGCAUGUCUGUCUGUCCUGUAUAAACCUGAAACCAGCAAAGACAGCAGACUUGUCAGUCUCAAUAUUCCAUCCUUUGCUUGUGCUAGUUCUCCCCUACACUUUGGGCAGCCAGCUUACAUGAUCGGUUUUCUAGGAUACACACAUUUGUUGAAGCAGAUGUGUUGGGAUUAGAGCAGCUUUUUGCUGGUAGUUUAAGUAUCCCAGGAGGCGGAUGUAGCGCAGCUCGUAUGAGGUGAGAUUUCCUGCUGUCAUACUGUGGUGCUGAGGCCUUUUGUGUAGUCAUGGCCUCCCGUGGUGCUACAAGAUAGUCUACACCUCUGACCCUGGACCUGGUACUGCUACCAAAAUCCACAGAUGCCUAGAAAACAAGAAUCCUGAGCUUAGGUUUGAUGUUUCACACAGAUGGUGUGUAGUGCUGAAAAGCCACGAUGUGAAAAUUUGAUAGACGCUACCAUCCUGUUUGCUGACAAUUUCACCCCAGCCUGUAUAGCUGUUAGGUUAGUCUUGUGCUUAGGAGCUCAUGUGGCCCA